AUGGUGAUAAGUUCUCAGGUUAACGUUGUAGUGGGUGAUGCUAAAGUAGUUGAUAAUUCAUACGUAGUCUAUACUACAAAGGUCAGGGUUUUAGGGUCAUCAGGAUCUGUCGCUGAAUAUAAAAGUCAAAGAAGGUUUAGUGAAUUUUUACAAUUGAAACAAGACUUGGAAAGGGAGUUCCAGACUGAGAUACCAUAUGAAUUCCCAUCCAGGGAAUUUAGUGUAUGGAAAUUUAGGUCUAGCUCCUGCGAUCCCGAUGUAAUAAAAGCAAGAAAGGAAAAGCUUGGUAUAUUCCUGGGUGAUUUGCUAAAUGACUCGUUUGAUGUGCGUUGGAAGAGGUCUGCAUAUUUAUGUAAGUUUCUAAAUAUGCCAAAUAACUGGUAUAACGCUUCUCGGAACCAUAUGUCUGGUGCGGGUGAUCGUGAAGAGGAUUGUGUUGUGCAACUUCAAGAUGUGUCCAAGUGGCUAGAAUCGUUAAGGGAUUCGAAGUCGCAGUUUGAGGAAGCCAAGCGGAACGGUAAUAAUAUAACCAUGAUGCGUAUACGAUUAAAAUUGCAGCAACUGGAAGAUGCAUUAAAAAUAAUUGAAGAGAAGCAUCUGUUGGGGGAGGGAGAAGUUCAUAGAAGAUGGACCAUCCUUAAUGCGUUAAAGUCGGAUUUGAAUAAACAAUCGGAUAAACCACAGUCACGUUUUAGCAGUUAUGAAGACUUGGACAUUUCUCACACCGGACUGAAGGAGCCGCUUGUAAGUAAUACAAGAGAGCCACAUAAGCCUAUAUCAGGCAGGCGGAAGUUAGGGGAGACUGGCGACACAGUGGGUUUAACAAACCAACAGCUGCUUUUGCUGCAUAAGGAUACAAUGAAACAACAAGACCAAGAGCUUGAGCAACUAAGGAAUAUUGUAGUAAGACAGAAAAAUCUUUCUUUGAAUAUGAACCAGGAACUAGCUGCCCAAAAUGAAAUGCUAGAUAUGUUUGUCGAAGAUGUCAAUGCCACAUCAAAUAAACUACGUAUGGCAAAUUUAAGCGCUAAAAGAUUCAACGACAAAAGAUGA